GCCCUUUGUUCUAAAUUUGUCAUGAAUUCCUAACUAAAUUUUGGUAUCUUUUUCAUACUACGUUACAAACAACAAUGGCAUUAUUAGGUUCGCUAAAUGAUGAUGUACAAAAUCGAAUUAUAGACUUGUUUUCAGUCUUUGAAGCUCUGGAAAUCCACGCUGCCCUGAUGGUAGUGAAGAAGUCCGUCAUGUAUGAAGUCCAGAAUUGUGGAACCAGUGCAGGAAAGAAAUUUCUGCUACUAAAUCCAGAUGUUGGAAGCAAUUUUCUUAAUUUCUGUGCAAGUUCCUAUACUGCAAAAAGAAAGGACCAAGAAACCAUUGUGAGUUCAUCGUUGGUAGAGGACUGCUCCAAUGACACGCUCUGUUCUGGGUUUGAAUUAAGUGAUCUGGAGACACCAGCACAGGGUUACAUCCCCCAACCAGAUCCAGAUAGAACAGUCUCAUUGUUUGACACAGAAAAGAAAAUGUCUGCAGACAAUCUCUCUAAUUUGAAAAUAGAACAAGAAAGUGAGCCUUUUAAGGAUCUAAAUUCAAUCAACAUGGAAGACAUCUCCCAUUCAGAGGUUUCUGAAACACAAACAGCACAAAGGAAGAAACCUGCAUACCCCUGUCCCAUGAAGGACUGCAUACAAACAUUUUCCACUCGGUUCUCAGUGAGGAGGCAUGUGGUGCGGAGGCAUGAAGCACGUCCAUGUGAAACAUGCAAGGAAACCUUCCCAUGUCGGGUGUCCCUUGAUGUUCAUAAGGAUGAGUGCCAUGGAAAGGGCAGCAGCAGCAAAGUGUAUGAUUGCGAGGUUUGCCACCAAAAAUGCCGCGGAAAAUUUUCACUGAUGACGCACAAGCUCCGGAAGCAUGCACCGAAGCACCUGACUUGUAAUCUGUGUGGAAAAGGCUUCGCGUCGGCAUAUUUUCUCCGAAAUCACAAGAAAAUGAGCCACUUUGAUAAGUCAAAAAAGUGCACCAAGUGUGAUGAAAAGUUUACAAGCAAGGCUAGCUUUGCUACUCACAUGAAAAAACAUGAAACAAUGAACGUGAAAAAGGUGUUCAAUUGUCAAUAUUGUGAUGAAGUCUUUGAAUUAAGUCUUGAGCUCCGCAAACAUCGAAGGAGGACACAUUAUAAAGCCAAACACCAGUGCCAAGUAUGUGGGAAGUGCUAUGUUGAAAAAAACGCUUUAGGCCGACAUGAACUGUCCCACAAUGAAUCCAAAUCAAAGGUAACAUACAAGUGCCGGUACUGUGAAAAAAUUCUAAAAAGUGAAUACAUUUUGCGCGAUCAUGAGAAUGGGCACACCAAAGAAAAGAAGUUUGUCUGCGACAUGUGUGGUACAGAAUUUUAUAAUUCGUCCUCUUUAGGUCAUCAUCGAAAGCGACACAUUUAUGGAAGCGCGGCAUUUAAGAAGUCCAAAGCUCGCUGUGUAUUCUGCCAAAUGUUGUUUGAUAGGACAUUUACCCUUGCAAGGCACCUUAUAGCACAACACCUCGACGAAGCCUUAGCAUCGAAAUCCCCUUAUGUUAAACAGUGUGGGGUUUGUACCAAGGUAUUCCCAGCUGAUAAAUUGCAAAGGCAUAUAAGCACACAUUAUGAUGCGAAGGACCACAAAUGUUUGGUUUGUAGCAAGGCAUUUGUGGACAAGGGCAAUGCUUACCAGCAUAUGGUGCGAGUUCAUAAAAUGGAGAAGUACCCCUGCCUGGUGUGCAAGCGUGUUUUCUGGACCUCGGCUGACCUUGACCAUCAUUGUCAAAUGGAACAUGCUCAAUAGUGAUUGAUUACCAUGUUUAGUUUGGUUUGAACUGGUAACUUUAACUGUAGUUUCCACAGUAAUCGGUUACUGUGGAAAGUACAGUUAAAGUUACCAGUUCAAACCAAACUAAACACAGUGGAACAUGCUUACUAGUGAUUUUUGUGUUAAGUUUGGUUUGAACUGGUAACUUUUGCUGUAGGUUUCCAAGUAAUUGAUUGAUUGAAAGGUACAUGUAAGCAUGUUUAGUUUGUUUUGAAGAAGUAGCUUAAACUGUAGUUGGCAUCGUAUUUCGUUCCAUUAAAGAUACAUAUGUUAUUAUAUUUACUAACCUGAUUUGAUACAAUACAUGUUUAAAAAUGCUCUCUUUCAGAUAUGCCUUUUUAUUUGCAGGUACAUUAUUUAACAUAGGAACCAGAACCAUUUACCCAGAUACUUUGGACUUUCUUUCCUAUGUAUAUUCAACAUAUUAAUUAGAUCUCGGGCUCAUCUAGGUUAUAAUCCGAUCGUGAUUUACCUUCGAUGAUUUCAAUCUUUUGGGGACAAUUUUGAGCCAGCGUGACAUUUUAUUUCAUUUUCUUUACGAAUUAUUAUGGUUAGAUAUUGUUGUAUGUAACAAUUUCUUUAAAUUUAUGUUAUCUAAUUCAGAACAUUAGUGGACAGCAAUAUUAUAGACACUAAUGCCCUUUUUUGAGUGUUCGUGUUGUGAACUGAGUAUCGAUCCAGUUUUAUGAUGUAUUAAGAAUUAAUUGGUUAUGACACGUGUUUGGAUUUUUCUUUAUAGCAACGUUAUGUCCCUGGUAUUGUGACUGCGUAGAUUUUUGUGUGUAAUAAAAUUAACUUGUUAAUUAUUUGAACAUGGUUUGUGUACAUGUGGUUUGCUAUGUAAUUGUUAAUAUUGAUAACAACAUCACAUGUAUCAGUACCAUGUAACCAUUGUCUUUCUUGUUCCAUUGAAAAUCAGAUUUAUUAAACAAGUUUUGUAGGAUUGAGUGCUUUUGAUUGCAUAAAUAAAGUGGUCUCGUAGAUGUCAACUGAACGUUUUCUUACGUAAUUGCGGUAUUUUCCGUCUAUAGAACUAUAAAACAUAAUAACAUCGGACAACCAAAUAUUCUAAGAAUAACAUAUGUACUUCAGUUUUAUGAACAAAUAAUUCAACUUAAAAAUACAAGGUCACUUGUUGGACAGAACCUCGUGUUCAAAAUAUUAUAAUUAAAUAUUAGUUAUAGUAUUUUAAGGGCAGUUAUUACUAUUCUUCAAUGUUUCAUACACAAGACAACUAUUUUCUUUCAUAGAAACGUUUCGCAGUAUUUAAACGUUAAAAAGGGUCAUAGCAACACAGAUUUUCGUUUAGUACGGUUUGUACGACCGAACCGUCUAAGUACGAAAAGAAGUUAAAUUACAAAAUACUGAUAACUAAAAUUCACUUUUAAAAAUCCCUAUUCUAUUAGGAAAACCGGUCGUGAUAGUUCACCUUUUUUUUUUAUAAUUCGUCCUCUUUAGGUCAUCAUCGAAAGCGACACAUUUAUGGAAGCGCGGCAUUUAAGAAGUCAAAAGCUCGCUGUGUAUUCUGCCAAAUGUUGUUUGAUAGGACAUUUACCCUUGCAAGGCACCUUAUAGCACAACACCUCGACGAAGCCUUAGCAUCGAAAUCCCCUUAUGUUAAACAGUGUGGGGUUUGUACCAAGGUAUUCCCAGCUGAUAAAUUGCAAAGGCAUAUAAGCACACAUUAUGAUGCGAAGGACCACAAAUGUUUGGUUUGUAGCAAGGCAUUUGUGGACAAGGGCAAUGCUUACCAGCAUAUGGUGCGAGUUCAUAAAAUGGAGAAGUACCCAUGCCUGGUGUGCAAGCGUGUUUUCUGGACCUCGGCUGACCUUGACCAUCAUUGUCAAAUGGAACAUGCUCAAUAGUGAUUGAUUACCAUGUUUAGUUUGGUUUGAACUGGUAACUUUAACUGUAGUUUCCACAGUAAUCGGUUACUGUGGAAAGUACAGUUAAAGUUACCAGUUCAAACCAAAUUAAACACAGUGGAACAUGCUUACUAGUGAUUAUUGUGUUAAGUUUGGUUUGAACUGGUAACUUUUGCUGUAGGUUUCCAAGUAAUUGAUUGAUUGAAAGGUACAUACAUGUAAUCAUGUUUAGUUUGGUUUGAAGAAGUAGCUUAAACUGUAGUUGGCAUCGUAUUUCGUUCCAUUAAAGAUACAUAUGUUAUUAUAUUUACUAACCUGAUUUGAUACAAUACAUGUUUAAAAAUGCUCUCUUUCAGGUAUGCCUUUUUAUUUGCAGGUACAUUAUUUAACAUAGGAACCAGAACCAUUUACCCAGAUACUUUGGACUUUCUUUCCUAUGUAUAUUCAACAUAUUAAUAAGAUCUCGGGCUCAUCUAGGUUAUAAUCCGAUCGUGAUUUACCUUCGAUGAUUUCAAUCUUUUGGGGACAAUUUUAAGCCAGCGUGACAUUUUAUUUCAUUUUCUUUACGAAUUAUUAUGGUUAGAUCUUGUUGUAUGUAACAAUUUCUUUAAAUUUAUGUUAUCUUAUUCAGAACAUUAGUGGACAGCAAUAUUAUAGACACUAAUGCCCUUUUUUGAGUGUUCGUGUUGUGAACUGAGUAUCGAUCCAGUUUUAUGAUGUAUUAAGAAUUAAUUGCUUUUGACACGUGUUUGGAUUUUUCUUUCUAGCAACGUUAUGUCCCUGGUAUUGUGACUGCGUAGAUUUUUGUGUGUAAUAAAAUUAACUUGUUAAUUAUUUGAACAUGGUUUGUGUACAUGUGGUUUGCUAUGUAAUUGUUAAUAUUGAUAACAGCAUCACAUGUAUCAGUACCAUGUAACCAUUGUCUUUCUUGUUCCAUUGAAAAUCAGAUUUAUUAUAUAAGUUUUGUAGGAUUGAGUGCUUUUGAUUGCAUAAAUAAAGUGGUCAUGGAAAAGGGUGAGUCGUGAUCUUACAUCCAUAAUGGAUAACACAGAUGUAGCGGUAUGGUCAAGACUUGGAAUAUAUUUGAGAGGGGAAAAACAUCCCUGAAUCUUAGCAUAGAAUGUCUAUAUGCAUUUUGCAUUUUAUAGCGCGAUCACGAAAGUACUUGUAACGACCCAAUAAGCGAGCCAUUCUGUGUCACCAAUAGAAACUAGUAAAUUUAUAUUUUACAUGCUAGUAUGAUUUACAAGUGCAAUGUGAUAAUGAUUGGAGUGAAUCACUGAAUCAGGAUUUGUAGUAAUAAUAUAUACAGUUGUGAUUCAAUUAAGAAGUGUAUUGUUGUUUUUGUUAUUUAAUAAUAUCAUACCAGCUGACAUUCCCAAAGAAAAAGCAAAGAUCUAUCAAUAAACAAAGAUUGAAAACAUCACUGCAAUACUGUGCUAUCUCGUUGCCAUCUGAUAUGAACGUUAUCAUGCGUGACUUCAGCGUGUAAGACAGCUUUUUUCCAAUAAACAUGGUUUGUUGACUUCGAACAGUAGUGAAACAUCAAAAGUUUCGAUAGUAAAUGCGGCUUUAACAAAUACAAUUGAUUUGAGAAUGAUAUAUCACAAAAGAAUAUAACAAUACAAUAAUGUACAUGUAUGUGUCUCUUCAGAAAAAUUAACAGACAUUACAUAAAAUUUACGACCGAGUUAGCUUUUUCAAAGUGCACUCUUUGCCUAAAAACUUCAUUUUUGAAUGUUAUGAAUCAAGUGCUACAUUAUAAAGGUGAUAUCAAUAUCUUGAGUUGAAAUAAACCGAGACGUAAAUAUCUACGUGUAUGAGUUAAUUUUUAUAGUUUAUCUUUAAUAGUUCCGGAGAUAUUAAUUAAUAUUUUUCAUUUAAGUAUCAUUUUAAAGGCGUGAAAAUCUAAAGCCGGUAAUGAAUUGUGUAAUUUAUAUUGAAAUGAUGUCGGAAAUAUUUCAUUAGCGAAACAACGUAAGAAUUUAGGCAACAUUUUUCAUUGAAAAAGUACAUAUCUGCAUUUGCCUAUAACAUUUUCAAAGAAAAAUUUAUUACUUUCGUGUCAUUUAAGAGGUAAUGUGAAAAUCUGUAGCCUGAAAUAAACUUGAUGAUUUUUUAAAGUUAAAUAACUGGUAUUUUAGCGAUGUUCUCUAUAUUAUCUUAACUAAUGUGUUUUUGUUAUUGAAUGUAAAAUUAAGUAUAUAUUUUACGAUAAAAAUGUACACUAUGAAACAAACAUAUUAAAUUGAAUUUAACCUUAACUAAUAAUGGAUACUGAAUUUAAGCAAGAUCAUUGUAUUUAAAUAAAUAUCAGUGAAUAGGGCAAGAACGAAUAUCUCUCGAAGACGAUGUUCCCCGUGUUGAUUAAGAGUUUAAAUAGAAAUGUCUCCGACUUAAAUUUACUGAACAUGUGUAGAUAAGAUGACACACGACUACUCUUAAAGAGGCCUUUUCACAUAUUUUGGCAUGUAUUGAAGUUUGUCAUUAAAUGUUUUAUGUUGGUAAAUGUAAACAUUGGAUCUAAAAAGUUCCAGUUAACAAUCAAGAAUGAAAUUUAAAAAAAGUAACCCUCAACAGGGCUCGAACCACUGACCCCUGGAGUCGUGGAGUAAAAAGUCCACCACUUAGACCCAUCGGCCAUGUGUGUUAAUACAAUGAAGGACGUAUUUUAUACUUAAUAUAAGCAAUCCUCGUAGUUUCACAAAAAUAACGACAAUAACAGAACUCUCCAAAUUAUUCAAUUGUUUCGAGUUGCAACGCUUUAUGAAUCGUUUUUGAAUCAUCAAAAGAUACAUAUAAUGGCUAUUUUAGAGCAUGGUUAAUGUUCAGUACAUGUAUUACUGUUUCCUCACGAAUAUCAUAACUUAAACGAAAAAUUUGCGAUCUGAAAAAACUUUUUUUAAUUUUGUCCAUUUACCAAAACGUGAAAAGGCCCCUUUAAGGCAAAUUGAAAAAAAAUGAUAUGCUGGGUUUAUUACUAAAAAAACAGAUGCAGAUUAAAUUUGUUUUUGAGCAAGUACAAUAACUGCUAAAAAUAAACCAGAUGAACCGCUA